AUGUUUCUCUCCGUCCUGACUGCGUUUUAUCUUCCUUCUCUGAUAUUAAGCGUCAUAACUGCGAUUCCUCCAUCUGAAGUGAAGCGGAGCGGCUGUAUUAAAGUGAAUCGGUGUAAAUGUCUGAUGCGGGACGGUUCGGGAAUCGUUGAUCUGGGAUCAGUGGCGGGUGAGGACGGUUUCUUACAGCGACUCGAACCCGUGACACCCGCCGCGCCACCGGGAAACACGGAAGUGCUCGUGUCCUUCAGCCCGUGUGUGCCGUUCUCUGAGCCGGAAGACUUCUCUGUCACAGACUGCACUGAUGUCGCUGCAUGUGUCAUUACACGGUUUCAUCAGGACAGCAGAUUGAUGAAUCACUAUAUGAACUACGGCCGACACGAGGGCAAUACAUUCAGCUAUAAUGAUUCAGAGGAGAUUCUCACUGUGUCCUAUUACAUUUAUUCUCACAGUGAACCUCAUACUGUAGUCCAUUACCAGUGCAGUGUGAAUGAGUCCAUCACACACAUCCAGAGCUUCAGCGUGGACGCACCUCUGCAGAUCUGGGUGAAGAGUCCCUGCGCGUGUCCAAACGCAUGUACACUGGUGGACGUGGGUCCCGGCACCAUCUUCCUCAUCGUCCUCUGCCUCAGUGUUACGGCUUACUUUCUGAUAGGAUCGUGCGGGCUCCGGGCGUUCAGGAGCAGCAGUGGUGUACAGAUGACUCCAGAGGACAGUGUUUGGUGUAUGCUCUGUUACCACCUCAAUGACCGGCCUCGGGACCGCCCGAAAAAAGCGCCAAUCAAAAAGAAAAGAGGACAUGCUCUGAUCUAA